ACAAUAUUACAAUUAUCUCGACAACUCGACCGCCGGAUGACUCAUGCGCGCGCCCUAGCCCGCCAGUCAAGUUUUUAUCGCUAGUUUCGAGUUUUUCGCUCGUUUUAAUUUUUUUGCAUUCGCGUAAUCGCGUUAAAACCCGUCUGGAGCCGACGGGCUUCUUCGUUUCUGCCUUCUCAACGCUGUUCGUUUCGUUUUUUCGUUGUUAUUGCGUCGUUUCCACGGCGACCUGCCUGAGAAAACCGUCGUCGUCUGUCAAUUCGCUUUCGAAAUAAGUGGUUUUUUUUUAUCCGUGGUGAAAGUGUUUUUUUUUUUUAAAUCAUUUGUUUCUCACAUCCGUCGGACCAUAGUAUCGACGAUCGAAAAUGUCCUCACAGUCAUGUCUUGUGUAGCUCAAGACAGUGUAUUACAAUGUUCAAUUUGUAUGUUGACAAAUUAUAUUUGAAAAAAAUUCAAAUUUGUUUGACCAAACAUGGACGGCGUGGACGUACAACGUUUGUUCAGCCCAGUUACAUUGUUACCUAGACGUUUAAAUUUCAGUGACUCUGAUGAACCUUGUCUUAUUACUGCCAACAUACAUGAGUCUCCUAAAACACCACCUAACCAUGUACAGUAUAUUCCACCCAUGACACCUGCCAGUCGUAAACAUCGACCUACAAUUCCAUUAAGGUUUGCUGAGCAUUUAGCUUCACCUUCUAAAGCGGAUUCACCUCAAAAAGAUGAAUUAUCAUAUUCACCUCCUAUAAAGAGGAUUCGUGUUCUUAAACUGGAAGAAGGUAUAUUGGAUCGAUCCCAAUCUUCUAUAAAAUCUAAAUUAUGUGAAAAUAAGAAUUCAUGUCAAUUACUUAAUGAAUCAACAAUAUCUAAACCUAAACAAUUUAGCAUAAACCCAUUCUCUCCUGCAGCAACUGACCUACGGUUAAAAUGGACAAAUAACAAUAACAAUAAUAAUAAUAAUGAAUCAUCAACACUUGACAACUGGUCUAGAGAUUUAACAAAUGUUGAGCUAACUGAUCUUGAAGUAUCCAGGUAUUUUAAAGAAUUCAAAGUAGAAGAUCUAAUUGGAAAAGGAGAUUUUGGUGAGGUUUAUAAGUGUACUAAUAUGCUAGAAGGAAUGCCAUAUGCUAUUAAAAAAACACUUAAAAAAGUAGUUGGAACUAGACGAGAAAAUUAUGCCCGUAAAGAGGUUUAUGCUAAUGCUGCAUUAUUUAGUCAUCCAAAUAUAGUUGCUUAUCAUUCUGCAUGGAAUGAGAGUAAUUCAGUCUUUAUACAACUAGAAUAUUGCGAUGGUGGAAAUCUAGAUGAAAUGAUAUUUACUAAGCACCACAAUUUCAAUGAUGCUGCCAUCGAGCGUCUAUUAUCUCAUUUAUCAAGUGGCCUUCAUUACAUGCAUAUGUCAAAAAUGGUACACUUAGACAUAAAACCUGCAAAUAUCAUGAUAAGUCAUUCUAAGUUCCUGAAAAUAGAUGAAGAUAAAGUUGAUGGAGAUAUAAUUUACAAAAUUGGUGAUCUCGGCCAUGUUGCACAUGCAGACAAUUUAAGUGAUGUGGAAGAUGGCGAUGGCCGAUAUUUACCUAAAGAAAUGUUAAGUGGAAAAUACGAUAGUUCAACAAUAACGAAAGUUGAUAUAUUUUCAUUAGGAAUGACUGUAUAUGAAGCCGUUUCAGCUUUAAGAUUGCCAAGUGAUGGACCAGAAUGGCAUUUUUUAAGAGAUGGAUUUGUACCGGAUAUAGAAGAUUUUGGAUUAAGUUUACUUAUAGCAAAUAUGAUUGAUCCAAAUCCUCUCAAUCGGCCAAAUGCUAUUGAUGUAUACAAGAAUGUUACAUUAAAAAUGUCAGAGUUAGCCGAGAUCUCUACUUUACAAUUUAAAAGGGAAUACUUAGCCAGUUGUACAGAAACACGAUCUACUCAAUGUUCCUCAACUAAUAGAACUACCACUACCUCUAAACGAGUCCCGAUGGCUUUAAGCACAUGGCAUAAGAGGCGUCUGGUUGGACAAAAAUCUAAGCGUUACUAUUCAUUUUGAAAGUAUAAUAUUGUAACUUACUUAACUCUGUUUUUUCUAUGUUUAGAUAGUAACUUGAACUCUGUGAUGAUAAUUAUAGUUUUUUUUUUUAUAAAAGGUCUCAAAUUAUUUUUUU